AGUGAGAUCACCAGGACUCAUCUGCCACUUGGAAUCUUUGCUGCUACCUGAAAGGUGGCUCUCUCUGCUGAUGACAGAUGGCAGAUUUCCCAGUAUCCCUGGAAUUUUUGAAGCCAGGACUUCUUCCCAGCAGUCUCUUCUUCCUCACCCACCUUCUCCUCUUCCUUCAGCCUGAGGAAGCCAUCUCAGAGGAGGUAAAAGUAAUAGGCCCUGGGGAGUCCACUUUGGCCCUCGUCGGAGAAGAAGUGGAGUUCCCGUGCCACCUAUCACCAUACCAGGAUGCUGAAAACAUGGAGAUCCGCUGGUUCCGCAGCCAUGCCUCGGACGUGGUGCAUCUCUACCAGGAGCGGCAGGAGCUCUUCGCCCAGCAGGUGGCGCGGUUCCAGAACAGGACCAAACUCAUCACGGACGAGAUAGCAGAUGGCAGCGUGAGCUUGCACCUCCGCCGCGUGGUUCCCUCCGACGAGGGCCCCUACGGGUGCCGCUUUCUGUCUGGCGACUUCUCGGGUGAAGCCAUCUGGGAGCUGGAGGUAGCAGGAUUUGGCUCAGACCCUUACAUCUCCCUUGAGGGCUUCAAGGAAGGAGGCAUUCAGCUGAGAUGCAGCUCUAGUGGCUGGUACCCCAAGCCUACCGUCCAGUGGAGAGACCACCAGGGUCAGUGCCUGCCUCCAGAAUCUGAAGCAAUCAUCCAGAAUGCCCAAGGCCUGUUCAGUCUUGAAACAUCUGUGGUUGUCCGAAAGGGAGCCCAUAGCAAUGUGUCCUGUUCCAUCCAGAACUCCUUGCUGGUCCAGAAGAAAGAGUUUGUGGUGCAGAUAGCAGACAUAUUUUUACCGGGACCUUCCCCCUGGAAGAAACCUUUCCUUGGGACCCUGGUGGCACUGCCACUCCUCCUGGCCCUCCUUUCAUCGCUGGCACUGUACUACAUUCGCAAGCAGCGGCAGUCCCAAGCAAAGCUAAAGAAGCAGGCAGAGAAGGACCAAGGAAAACUGACUGCACAGCUUGAGAAGCUUCAGACAGAGCUUGACUGGAGAAGGAGUGAAGGCCAGGC